AUGACGAUUAAAUGCACAAAAAAAACCGACAUAAUAGCCUCGGCAUUCAUAUAAAAUCGCCAAGUUCCAUCAAUUGUCAGAAGAACAAUAAGCACCAAAGAAAAAUGAAGCUUCUUAUCACUUUAGCUACUUUAGUCGUCGCCACUUAUGCGAUCGAUAAAGAAUUUGUUCAAGAGUUGAGACAAAAAUUGAGAUCGCAUGUGGAAGCGUGUGCUAAGGAAGUGAACGCUGGGCCAGAUGACGUUUCGGCGAUUUUUGCACACAAACUCCCCGCCACCCAUGAAGGAAAAUGCAUUUUCUUCUGCAUGCAUAAACUAUACAAUGCGCAAAACGAAGAUGGCAGUCUCAACAUGGCUGGCGCUUUAGCCAACUUGGAACUCAUCAAAGAUAUGGAUCCUGAUGUCUAUACUAAAGUUUCAACGUCUUUCAAAAAUUGUGAAUCAGCACCUUUCGACAGUGACCCUUGCCUCUAUGCUGCUAAUUUAGUUACCUGCAUUGUUAAGGAAGGAAGGGCGGUGGGCCUGGACGAAGUCCUAGUGGAAUAAACUACAGUAUUGUUUGUAAAAAAUAUUAUUUCUAGAAUAAAGCAUUACAAAAAGAAA